UUUUUCCCGAUCGGAUAUUAACCUCCUCAACUUGCCAUCUCUUUCCUUGACCUCUCACUUGCUUCGCGUACAAAUCGCUUACACGUAGUCCUCUCUCUCUCUCUUCUCCCGAAGCCCUACGUCUUCCGUCAAGGAUAGAUCAUGAAAGGAGGCAAAUCAAAGGCUGAAACCAGGAGCUCUAAGCUCUCUGUGAAUAAGAAGCCCACAAAGGGAGGCCGCGGCAAGGGUGCCAAAGAUCCGGACAAGCCUAAGAGGCCGGCCAGUGCCUUCUUCGUUUUCAUGGAGGAGUUCCGUGAACAAUUCAAGAAAGAUCAUCCCAAGAACAAAUCCGUUGCUGCUGUUGGAAAGGCUGCUGGAAACAAAUGGAAGUCGAUGUCUGAAGCUGAAAAGGCUCCUUAUGUUGCCAAAGCUGAGAAACGCAAGCAGGAAUAUGAGAAGAACAUGAAAGCCUACAACACGAAGCAGGCUGAUGCCACUAAGGAGGAAGAGGAGUCGGACAAGUCAGUGUCGGAGGUUAAUGAUGAAGAUGAUGGAGAUGAGGGCAGUGAAGAGGAGGAAGAUGAUGAGUGAGAGGAUGAUGGAUGAUCCCAUGGUGGUGGUGGUAGCAUAGUAAGUAUAGUUGGCUGCAAGACUCUCUCGCUGGGGGGCUUUUAUCGUUUAUGUUAUAAUGGGAAUGACAACAAGGGGGUUGGUUCCUUAGCACUGCUUGUUCUUCUCUCUCUCUCUCUUUUAACUUUCUUGUUCGUAUGGGUUUGUUGGAUGAUUUUAGGGUUUUUGCCCUCACUGCGGGAAAAGGGGAAUAGGAGUUGUUGUGUAGAUGUGGGGGUAAUUUGCAGCUCUGUGUGUACUCUUUGACAUUCUGAUUUACAAUUUAGGCUGUUUCCUUUUUUA